CAAAAUAUCCUGGGAAUUGGUGACGUUCGACGGCAAAUCGACCGCAUCUACCAAUUAUUAUUAUAUCGGUCGAAUCACUUUUAGUCAAUGAAAUUCACCGGAAUCCAAUACGAUCGUUUAUUCUAUUUUUUUUGCACUGAUUAUUUUAUUUUCAGGUGUCCAGGGAGGACAGACUACCGAAAGUUGUUUGCGAAACUUGCAUUAGGCGACUCGAUGGAAUUCAUCGGUUCGCCAAUAUGGCACACAGAGCACAAGAGAGACUCAAAUCCCAAUUUUACGCAACUUCCGGUGGUGAUGAGAUCAAGCGAGAGGAUGAGGAUUUGUGUGAGGAGAGUGAGAGGAGUUAUAGGCAACUCUUGAGAACAAUUUUGAUGAACAAAGAUGGAGUAGAUACAGAAAUUCCGAGUUCGCCGGACUCUUCGGUCGCCCCCGCGCGAUUACCAGAGACUGAGGGAAUUCCCUCCACCACGGAGGAGAUGGAAGUCAAGGUCGAUCCCAUGAUAUUUCUCCAAUGUGGUCUGGAGUGUUCAGCAUCUCCAGAUGUUUCCGACGAUGACUCCGAUUACGAUAAAAAACGACUGCGCAUAAAAGAGACGAGUGAAGACAGAGAAAUUUCUCAUAGAAUUAAUGGAGGAGACUCACCGAUACCUCAAGAGGACCAAGAGCAAUCUGAUGACUCAAGCCAGAAGACUCACGACUGCACAAUCUGUUCUAGAACAUUUGCUUCACAACUUAUUCUUCAGAAUCAUCUCUGGUCGCAUUUACCGAGGGCUGAUCGUAAUUACGUGGAGGAUAAAUCGAUGCAAGAGAGCAGUCCAAGAGAAACUCACUCGAAUAAUGGUGUUCCAUCCCUCAAUCAUGAUUCUGACAAUUCCAAUGGAUUCGGUGGUAAUUCGAGUUUCGUCUGUCCGAUUUGUAAUAAGAGAAUAUCAACGAAGGGAAAUUUAAAGGUCCACCUGGAAACACAUAGGCCUAAAGGAAAAUAUGGAUGUGAUAUUUGUGGGAGAAUAUUUAAAACCCAAUCGAAUUUAUUUCGCCACAAAGAAUACCACGGAGGGAUUCAGUUUCCCUGCAGUGUUUGUGGACGUGUUUAUCCAACAAAUUCAACUCUUCGUGCUCACAGCAUCACACAUUCAGAUCUGAGACCGCACGCCUGUCCUCUCUGCGAUAAAACCUUCAAACGCAAUCAAGACUUGAAGUUCCACAUUAAUCAGCAUACUGGAGCUCGACCAUAUCAAUGUCCCUACUGUCCAAAGGCAUUUGCCAGCUCUGGAAAUUGCUUUUCACAUCGGAAAAGAAUGCACCCACGUGAGGUACAUCGUGACAGACAACGAGCAGCCGAUCUAAUGAGGUGAAUACCGAGAUAAAAUAAAUUAGAGAAUGACGAGAAAAUUCAUUCCAAAAGUCCAAAGGUGAUAUCGAACUAUCUUUAGGUCAUAAUAUAGGUGAAAUAUCAAUUUAAACGAAGAGGGUAUAUUUUUAGAAAAUUAGUGUACGUAAGAAUUAAUCUCGAAGAAGAAAUCAAUAGAUUUUUAAUGCAAUCAUUUUUCGUUAUCCCCGUGACAAUAAAAAUUCCCAUGAAGCAUAUCAAUUUUAUUUGUAUUAUCAUUUUGGAUAGAAGUUUUUUUGAAGUUUAGUGGAUAAUGGGGUGUACAAAGAGUAAUUAUUAGCUGCGAGGAAUAGAUCACGCAAAUGUUUACAAAACAUGAAGAGAUAUCUUCUGUAACACCUCUCAUUGAGUUAAUAGAAAACACGAAAUAUUGAAAGGCUUUUGACAUUUAAAAUACGAAAUUUAUACGAAAAAAGUGACUUGAUCCAUUUCAAUUGCGUCUACGAUUUGGUAUUUGAUGAUGAAUUAUUGAAAAUUGUAAUAAUUGUAGAUUACUUGUAUAAAAAUAGGUCUGUGAUAAAUCAGGGAUCUCUGAAUAUAAUCAAUGUUGGUUAUUUUAUUUUGUUUUUUUUUAUAAUGCAGAGUGAUUUUUAAGUUUGCAAAAUGGAUUUUCUUGAUUAUGCAUCAAUUGAUAUAAUUUUUUCUCGAAAAAUGAAAUAAAUGGAGACAUAGAAUAGAGUGGAGCAAAUGGAAUUUAAUCAACUGCGAUCAGUGUUAGAUGAAAACAAUAAUCAAUGUCAAUGUAAACGAUGGUAAUAAGACUGUACGAGAAUAAGUGUCAAAGUAGAUUGUAUAAACCGUAAUUCUGCACUAAAAACAAUGAAUUGUGAGUAGCCAUAUCGAUUACGUAAUUGCGUAGAUGGACGGUAGAAUAAAUCUCACAAAUUACCAAGGAACUAGCUAGAAAUCCCGUAGUAUGAAAAUAAGUCUGAUUAGUUUAGUGAACUAGAGAUUCCACUUUAAAAAAAUUGAAAAACCGAGGAAGACACAGUAAACAAUCAACAAAGAAAAGUUUAUAGAAAAUCUACUGAAUGAAAUAUGUGCCAAUUGUACUAUCUAAAAAUUGUAACGGUCUCAAUGGACCGCAGCGUCUGCAUAAUUAUGAAAAUCAA